GUUCAUUGACAAGGCGUAUAAGCUCGGAAACAUCCAUUUUUGUUGGGAGAAAAUUGAUAAGAAUAAUACGAGUUUGUAGAACGGCAAAAUGACUUCGGAACUAGAUAGCUGGAUUGAGAUUACAAAACAGUGCAAAUAUUUGCCAGAGAAUGACCUGAAGAAAUUGUGUGAUUUGGUAUGUGAUCUGCUGAUAGAAGAGUCAAACAUACAACCAGUGAGCACUCCAGUCACCGUCUGCGGUGAUAUUCAUGGGCAGUUCUACGAUCUUGAGGAGCUUUUUCGCACGGGUGGACAUAUUCCGGAUACGAAUUACAUUUUCAUGGGCGACUUCGUUGAUCGUGGUUAUUACAGCUUGGAAACGUUUACUCGUUUGCUUACCUUGAAGGCACGGUAUCCGGAGAGAAUCACAUUGCUUCGAGGUAACCAUGAAUCACGACAAAUCACCAAAGUGUACGGUUUUUAUGACGAGUGUUACACCAAGUAUGGCAAUGUAAACCCGUGGAAGUACUGCUGCCGAGUGUUUGACUUGCUCACCAUCGCUGCCUUGAUCGACGAGGAGGUUUUGUGUGUCCAUGGCGGCCUUAGUCCGGAGAUUAAAACGCUGGACCAAAUCCGAACAAUCAAUCGUGACCAGGAGAUUCCCCAUAAGGGUGCUUUCUGUGAUUUGGUUUGGUCAGACCCCGAGGAUAUCGAAACGUGGGCCGAGAGCCCGAGGGGGGCAGGUUGGCUGUUUGGAGUUGAUGUGACGUUGGAUUUUAUGUUUAUCAACAGGCUGGAACUGAUCUGUCGGGCACAUCAACUGGUCCACGAAGGAAUAAACUAUUUGUUCAACCGUAAGCUGGUCACUGUUUGGUCGGCGCCAAAUUAUUGCUACCGCUGCGGCAAUGUGGCAGCAAUACUCAAGUUUCAAACCGCAGAGGAUUCGACGGUGGAGAUAUUCAAGGCGGUACCGGACAGCGAAAGGGUCAUGCCGAGCCAACGCGUUACACCGUACUUUCUGUGAAGACAACCUAGUAUUCUUAUAUAAUGUAUGUGUAAUUAUUACAAAACAAAAUAAAUUGUUGCUUUUGUGAGUAAA